CAGUAUACUCGCGGCGCGGCUUAGUUUCACUUGGUUAACGAGAGUUCGCGCGUCGAGCUGGACUUUUACGUAGUUUCUUUUUUCGCACUCUCUCUUUCUCUCACUUUUUCGUUUCCCUGGCCGCUCGUUUUGCUUUCCACGUGCACUACGCAACUACAGAGAUGAGAGCCGUCCUACUGCUAUUCUGCGGACUUUUACUCGCCGCCUACCAAGGCCCGACUGCGUUGGCACAGCAUCAGAAUUGGUUUGGCGAUCUGUUUGGCAAUAUCAAUCGCUGGACCGAGGGCAUACAGAGCAACGUGCACCGCAUGACACAGCAAAUACAGCACAACGUCAACGAGCAGGUGUCAAGAGCCAAUCAGCAGGUCGCCGAAGCACUGAAGAACGUCGAUAAACUAAAUGGCACGUACGUAAGCGCCGGCGAUAGCUCGGUGAUCGUGACCAACAGCGGUGGCAGCUCGCGCAAGGUCCAGUCGGGCACCGACGUCAACGGCAAUCCGUACUACGUCGAGAGCGAGAAUCUGGUGGUGGGCGGCAUCCUCUACCACACCGACCGCGUCUACAACUACACCACGAAGAAACUCGAGGAGCAUCGCUACACUCUCAAUUUGAGCGACCCCAAUGCCAAACCCGUCUACUCCGACGUCACCGCAAACCCCCUGCUUUAAAACUUGCCACCGUUGCGCUUUGGGACGAACACACCAGCUUGACAUUGUUGUCCCGAGUAAGCUUAACUUCGAAGGGUUGUCGUUCUCUCGAUAUUUCAAGAAUGUCAAUCAGGGCUAACACAUUGCUGUAUUGAGGCUAAUAAAGUCACCGCCAAGUUUAUAUUGAGUAAUAGGCCUACACUUUCACAUAUGUAUUAUAAUGUUCAUGUGUAGAUAUCUAAUAUUGGGUACUGUUAUCAAUAAGUAAAUGUGAUAUCUAG